UGAGGCUUCCCUCCAUGUUUUGGGGAUCCUUUUUUAGCUUCAUCUUCCUCAUUCUUUUAGACUUAGCUCAAUACUCCAUUAAUGGGAGCUUGUACAAUGUAAUUGUGAGGAGAGUCCUAAUGAGAAAGAGAGGGCUUGGACAUUAGCCUAAAAAGUCCCGUGGUUUUCUCCCUUUCGGGUUUCCACGUAAAAACUGAGUGUUCAUACAUAUAUUUACUAUAUCGUGUUGGAUUAAACUGAACACUGGCACCGUCUGUGGAAAUCUGUCCAAAAAGAUUCGUGUGUUCUAUUGUUCUUGAGUUUCUACGAAAAAUUCAUACGAAGUGGACUGAUUCUAGCAAAAAUGAAAAAGGAAGAAUCUGGAAUUUUGGUUUGGGGAAGCUCUGGAUCUGCCGCCAGCAGCUCCGUCCAACAGACCGAGGAAGAAGAAAAAGGAAAGAAAGGUUCUGGGAAAAAAGAAGAAGGGAUGAACUGAUGAAGUCCAGAUCUGGAAUUUUGCAGACCGUGGCCGGAGCAGCCGUCCGUACCACCGAGCGCUCCACCAAGAGCUCGCUGAUAUACGAUGUAAAAGCCGCCUAGCUUUUCCGGCCCUCGUCAUCGCUAGCAGCGCCGCUCUACGCCUCUGUCGCGGUGCGCCCGCCGGCCUCAGCUCCCCCUCGCUGCUCGAACCUCAGAGAAGGUCCACCAUUAAUGGCCGCUGAGAGCUUCAAGAGUGACAACCAUAAACCAGUGCACCCCCACGGCUCGAGGUUAGGGAAGUUUCGCCGGUUAUGCCGGAGUCCUGGCUGGCUACCACGCCACCGGUCUUUGUCGCUCCGCCGCUAAUGCCGCCUGAGGCAGCUUUGUCCUGGCCGUCAUCAGCCGCUGCUGCGUUGCCACCGCUGCAUUGCGCACUACGUGGGCUCCCUUCGACCAGCUACAACGGCUGAGUAAGGUAGGGGUAGCUGCCAGCUUGCAAAAUGUGAAGGCUGGAUGAUUGGAGGCUUUUUGGCAAUUUUGACCAAGUCAAAAUCAGCAAGGAUGAGCAAAUUGUUUUCACAAAACCCCCUGGCCGAGUAUCAACUUGAAGCUAAGUAUUCAAUCUCCGAAUUCCAAAUUAAAGUACUUGGCUGAUAGCUUUAAAAUAGGAAGAAAUAUUAGUCGGUAGUAUUGCUAGUAUUUUUAUCACCAUUAUUUACUAGGGAUUAAAACCCCCGAAAUUAAAUAAUGAGAGCGAUGCUCUAAGUGAUAAUUAGUUUCACCGUCAUUUAAAUUUAAUGACCAGAUGUUGUGAGCCUGUGGGCCCGCUCCUGAUCGGCUUUAAUUAGCGAACGGAGUAUACUUGAAUGGCCUUUGAUAGGAAAGUAUCAUUGCUAUUACCGGUUAUAUCACUAUUAUUUAUUAGGGAUAAAUGUCCCGAAUUAAAUAAUGCUGAGCGAGGCUCAAGUGAUGGUUAGUUCAGCUAACAUUUUAUUAAGUAUUUAAUUUCUAGUGGCCCCGAUGGCCCACUCUCGAUCAGCUUGAUUAGCGAUCUGAGCGUCUCCAGAGGGUAGUGCCCCGAUGAUGCGUUUUAAUUUGGGGGGUUACGCAUUAGUCCGCACGACACCGACUGCUCGAGCGACGAUCGUACCCUAGUACCAUCUACGCCAUUAGGCGCGAAGUGACUAUUGCCAAACGCAGCCUGUGGGGCCCGAAGGCACCAAAGCGCUCGACCUCCUUUUUCCGAGGGCAGUGCGACUAACUUGGGUCUGAGUUGAAAACUCACAGACCGGUGAAUAUUUCUAUGUGACGUUCGGUGGGCUGCUAGUUGGCCCCGCCGCGAGCUACUACGUCCAUUAACCCCGCACGAUGAGCCGGGCCGAGGGUCACGGUAACCCAUAGGCCGGUAAUCGUGGGUGUUAGAAAGAAAGCCAUUCAGAUGGUUAUGUGUGUAUACAUAUUGUCGGGCCGUGCGGCCCGUUACCAUGCUUAUUGCGCAGCUGAAGCCGCUCGACGCGCUCGAGCGAAAUGAUUAAAAGACGAUCGGCCUAAGUCUCAAAGACGUUCAGGGCCAGCUAAAGUGGAGACCAUCACGGCUGAGAGCCGAUGGACGAGCAUCUCCACCCAGAGGUCGAGGGCCUAGAGGAGACCACCAAGGUUGAGAACCGUGGGACGAGCAUCUCCACCCCAGAGACCGAUGGCCUAGGAAGAACACCUAGAGGCCGAGGGUCUAGAGGCGAAUGCCAUGACAGAGAACCGUGAGACGAUCACCCGUCAUUCAGAGGCCGAGGGCUUAGAAGAGAUCGUCACAGCCGAGGGCCGUCUGACGCCAUCAUUACAUCAUGACCGGGCCCUCGGCACGACAUGAUCAUCAUAUUUGAAGACCGGCCUCGUCCCCGCACUGCGCGGAUGAGGACCGUUGCCUGGAUUUCAGGUCGGCCUAUCAUUGCCGACAUCAUUGUAUCACGAUCGACCUCUCGGCACGGCGUGAUUAUCUUAUUUGAAGACCGGCCUCGUCCCCGCACUGCGCGGAUGAGGACCGUUGCUUGAUUUCAGAUCGGCCUCUUAUUGCCGGCAUCAUUACAUCAUGACCGGUCUCUCGGCACGGCAUGAUUAUCUUAUUUGAAGACCGGGCUCAUCCCCGCGAUGCGUGGAUGAGGACCGUUGCUUGAUUUCAGGUCGGCCUCUCAUUGCCGACACCAUUAUAUCAUGACCGGCCUCCCGGCUCGGUGUGCUUCCCAUAUUAGAAGACCGGUUUCAUCCCCGCUCCUCGCGGAUGACGGCCGUUGCUUGUUUUCUCAGAUCGGCCUCUCAUUGUCGAUGUUAUUAUAUCACGACCGGCCUCCCGACACGGCGUGUUUAUCUUUUGAAGACCGGCCUUGUCCCCGCCCCUCGCGGACGAGGACCAUUGCUUGAUUCUUUCAGGUCGGCCUCUUACUGCCGACACUAUCAUAUUAUGUUCGGCCUCUCGGCACGACAUAUUUAUCUUUUGAAGACCGGUUCCAUCCCCGCGAUGCGUUGGAUGAGAGCCGUUGCACGGAUAUAUCGGCCUGACCGGACACUAUUGCCAUCUCCUCAUCAGGACCGACUGCUCAGCGACAUUAUGAUCAUUGUUUGUCGGCUCCCAAUGCUGACCCUCUUGAGUUUGCGAUCGGGCUCACGACUCCUCUCCAGGAGGGUGACCAUCGCCUUCGCAUGACGACCAGCUAUUCUAUCGCCUCAUCAUUAUAUUCGUUCGCUAUGCCACCACCAUUAUGUGUGACAUCCCGUGAUCCCUGCGAGUUUCUUGGAUACCGAAUGUCUUCUUCGAGGUAGGAAGAUCGGUAGGACCACAGACCAGGGACGAACAAAGAAGAGCUAGGGAAUCUCGAUGUAGAUAAACCUGUUCCUCCUUGCGAGUUUCGCGGAUACCGAACGUCUCUUCAAAGCAAGAGCGCCGGUAGGACCAAGAACCAAGGACGAACGAAGAAUAUAGAUUGCCUCCCUCAAACAAAAAAAAAAGAUGGGGAGAAGAGGAGGUGAGCUCCUAUGUGGAAGGGAAUCUUGCCCGGGCGUGCCAGAUCUUCUCCCACCGUCGAAGACGAACGCCUCUCGAUGUAGAGGUUAGUAGAGACGCGGAGGGGGCUAGACGAACCAAGGGAGCUUUGCCAAGAUAAACCUGUUUAUCCCACAACGACCAUGGAUCGAUGGACGUGGGAUAACAAAGCUGGGAACCCGUGAGGGUAAACCAGUUCGUCCCUGCGAGUUCCUUGGGUACCGAACGUCUUCUUCAAAGCAAGAGACGCCGGUAAGACUAAAAGGACCACGGACGAACAAAAAAAAGGGGGAAUCUCGAUGUAGAUAAACCUGUUCCUCCUUGCGAGUUUCGAGGAUACCAGACGUCUCUUCGAAGUAAGGACGCCGGUAGGACCAAGAACCAAGGACGAACGAAGACUAAAAGACUCCAAAAAAAAAGAUGCUAGAAGAGCACGGAGCAAAGAAUGAUUUUAUCCCUUGGCGCUAUUGGCCGGGAAGUACAAACUGGAAAACAUAUGUAAAGAAUAAUUACAAAACUUAAGUACGAAAAAUGAAGUGGCCGACGACGAUCGGCUAACAUCAGGCUUUCUUUUGCCUUGGACGAACGAUACCAGUUCCCCAGAUCAGGCAGAGGGACGACGCCCAGGUCCACCCUUCCUCCCAGGAUGAAGUCCUGACAGACGAUCGGCUUCUCAUAGCCGGCCAAGACGGACCGCGCCUAGAUUUCACGGUUUGGCUCGCCCAUUCUUAUGCAGUACGAUCGGCCCCUCAGCGCCAUCGUACCCAGCUCCAUGGAUCAGACACGAAGAACCAGUUCUUUCCCGUAGUCUGUUGCGUGCCGAGUGUACACCGCUUAGCGGUCCGUACAUAGGACCACGGAUACGGUAGACGAACGAAGACUAGCUCUAUGGAUCAGACACGAAGAACCAGUUCUCCACCGGAGUCUGUUGCGUGCCGAGUGUACACCGCUUAGCGGUCCGUGCAUAGGACCACAGAUACGGUAGACGAACGACGAUCAGCUCCUCAGAUCAGAUAGGGGGGACAUCGCCCAGAUUUAUUUCAGGCUCACCAUUCCUUCCCGAAAUGGAGUCCUGCAGACGAUCGGUUUCUCACAGCCAAUCAGGAUAGAGACUUCACAUCACCAGCACGGCCGAGGGCCGUGAGACGAUUACCACUCACCGACAGGCCGAGGGCCAUGAGAUGAUCAUCACUAUUUUUCUAUAUCACGAUCGGCCCCUCAGCGCCAUCGUGUCCAGACUCACGGUUCGGCUCGCCCAUUCCCUCCAGGAUGGCGACGACCGUCUUAUGCAGUACGAUCGGCCCCUCAGCGCCAUCGUACCCAGCUCACGUUCAGCUCGUCCAUCCCUUCCAGGGUGGCGACGAACGUCUUAUGCAUCACGAUCGGCCCCUCAGCGCCAUCGUGUCCAGAGCCACGGUUCGGCUCGUCCAUCCCUUCCAGGAUGGCGACGACCGUCUUAUGCAGCACGAUCGGCCCCUCAGCGCCAUCGUACCCAGCUCACGUUAGGGUCGCCCACCCCUUUCAGGAUGGCGACGAACGUCUCAUAUGCAGCACGAUCGGCCCCUCACCGCCAUCGUGUCCGGAUUCACGGGUCGGCUCGCCCAUUCCCUCCAGGAUGGCGACGACCGUCUUAUGUAGUACGAUCGGCCCCUCAGCGCCAUCGUACCCAGCUCACGUUCAGCUCGUCCAUCCCUUCCAGGAUGGCCACGAACGUCUUGUAUGCAGCAUGAUUGGCCCCUCGGUGCCAUCAUGCCUGGUUCGUGUUCGGCUUCGCCCAUUCCCUUCAGGAUGGCGACGAACGUCUUAUGCAGUACGAUCGGCCCCUCAGCGCCAUCGUACCCAGCUCACGUUCAGCUCGUCCAUCUCUUCCAGGAUGGCGACGAACGUCUUGUGUGCAGCAUGAUCGGCCCCUCAGUGCCAUCAUGCCUGAUUUCACGGUUCGGCUCGCCCAUUCCCUUCAAGAUGGCGACGACCGUCUUAUGCAGUACGAUCGGCCCCUCAGCGCCAUCGUACCCAGCUCACGUUCAGCUCGUCCAUCCCUUCCAGGGUGGCGACGAACGUCUUAUGCAUCACGAUCGGCCCCUCAGCACCAUCGUGUCCAGAGCCACGGUUCGGCUCGUCCAUCCCUUCCAGGAUGGCGACGACCGUCUUAUGCAGUACGAUCGGCCCCUCAGCGCCAUCGUACCCAGCUCACGUUCAGCUCGUCCAUCUCUUCCAGGGUGACGACGAACGUCUUAUGCAUCACAAUCGGCCCCUCAGCGCUAUAACGUCUGAUUUCACGGUUCGGCCCUUCAGGAUGGCGACGAACACCUCUUAUGCAGCACGAUCAGCGCUUCAGCGCCAUCGUGCCUAGCUCACGUUAGGGUCGCCCACCCCUUUCAGGAUGGCGACGAACGUCUCAUAUGCAGCACGAUCAGCGCCCCAGUGCCAUUGUGUCUGGCUCACGUUAGGGUCGUCCAUCCCUUUCAGGACGGCGACGAACGUCUCUUAUGCAGCACGAUCAGCGCCCCAGUGCCAUCGUGCCUAGCUCACGUUAGGGUCGCCCACCCCUUUCAGGAUGGCGACGAACGUCUCAUAUGCAGCACGAUCAGCGCCCCAGCGCCAUCGUGUCUGGCUCACGUUAGGGUCGCCCAUCCCUUUCAGGACGGCGACGAACGUCUCUUAUGCAGCACGAUCAGCGCCCCAGCGCCAUCGUGUCUGGCUCACGUUAGGGUUGCCCAUCCGUUCCAGGAUGGCGACGAACGUCUCUUAUGCAGCACGAUCAGCGCCCCAGCGCCAUCGUGUCUGGCUCACGUUCGGGUCGCCCACUCCUUCCAGGAUGGCGGCGAACGUCUCUUAUGCAGCAUAAUUGGCCUCUCGGCGGCAUCAUGUCUAGUCCAUCUUCGGCUCCGCCCAUGCCAUCCCGGGUGGGGGACCCGUCUUGUGCAGCAUGUCUGAUUGUCUGCCUCUCGGCGCUGACAUACCCGGUUAUCGAUGAGAGCCACCACUUUCUAUCACAUCUCACAUUCCUUCUCUCAUACAUUGCACCCAUACAUUACAUGCAUUCAUGCAUUCAUGCAUCAUACCUCAUACAUUCAUACAUACACACGUGCAUCAUGAUUUGACAGUACCGCGACGUCGGUUUGUAGAUGCAUGGACCUCUAAGCUUCUCCGAUUGGAAAGCUCGAGUCAGAGUCCUUUACUCCCGCCUGAUGCAUUCAGGGGGAGUGUGCCCGUGGAGGAGCACCCUUCGCCCGACCCCGUCGGGAAGGGGGGUGCCUCACCGGCAGAUUACGUUCAGGAGUGCAGACACCCACUCAUAUAUUAUGAUUAUUCGAAGACACAGUUUCCAGCAAGACAGUGGAAGAGCGCAGGCAAGAGUAUACUUUCUCGAGCAGAUUCGCACGCUCACUACUCAAGAAACUGGGGGACUUGUGUUGGGAUAUAUUAUCCCGGCCUAUUACUGUUUAGGAGCCCAAGACAGUAUCCAGUACGGAGCCCGAGCAGCUAGGUCCAUUUCGGUCCAUUCUGGCCCACUUUGGCCAUUAGACCCGGCAUCGGCCCAUUUGGCCCAUUAGGGUGGAGAGCACCCUUCCCCUUUCCCCUAUAAAUAUGAGGCUUCCCUCCAUGUUUUGGGGAUCCUUUUUUAGCUUCAUCUUCCUCCUUCUUUUAGACUUAGCUCAAUACUCCAUUAAUAGGAGCUUGUACAAUGUAAUUGUGAGGAGAGAGAGUCCUAAUGAGAAAGAGAGGGCUUGGACAUUAGCCUAAAAAGUCCCGUGGUUUUCUCCCUUUCGGGUUUCCACGUAAAAACUGAGUGUUCAUACAUAUAUUUACUAUAUCGUGUUGGAUUAAACUGAAC